UUAAAAAGAAACCAAAACACUAUUCCAGACUUCCACAUUUUUUCUCAUGAGGCCUCUGGGAGCCCAAGGAGCAGUAGUCUCUGUAAGGGAUCCUGCAGAGCAUUGUUCUCUGAGUGUGGCCUCCGAGAUCAGCCAGACCAGGCCAGUUCCAAGCCUGGUGACCCUGGGCAAGUCACCUGACCUCAGAGCCUUAAUCUCCUCAUCUGUAAAAGAGGGCGUUGGUGGAAUUUACCAAACAAGCCUUUUCUGUGAGAAUGAAACGAGGAAAUGCAAGUCAAGCAUGCAGCCUGGUGUUCUCAACACUCCAUCACUGCGACCAUUUCCAUCACGUGGUGCUCUUCAUUUUGCAGCCAGAAAACCAAGGCCCAGAAUGGCUAAAUGCCUUCUAACCCCCCGGGCCAGUGAAUCUAACUCAAUUGUUAAGGAUUAAUUCUCUGGGUGAAAGAAGUACUCAGUUGCUUCAAAGGCCUGGAUGGGAAUUAUUGACCCAGCACCACCUUCCCUGAGUCUAUUAGAUGUUAAAACAGGAGAUUUGAUGUGUAUUUGAAAAAGCUUUAAAUUGGUGAAAAUGGAUUCCGUUUCGGUAAAUUACAUUUGAUCCAUUCCUUUGCUUGAGCUACUGCAAGGUGGCACAGUUAGGUAGGGUUCUGCUGGAGACGAAACAGUGGUUAAAACUCAGUCCCAGGGCCCAGAACCUGUAGUCCAGUGGGAAAGAUGAGACAUAAACAGGGCAGAGUGAAGUAGGAGCCUCAGCAGAGGAGUGGGGCAGGCCCAUGUGUGGAGCUGAAGACCUCUGAGCGGGAGAGUGUCAGCAUCUGACAUAGGUGAGCAGGAUCUCUCAGCUGUUACAUUGUGCGGAGACUGUGGGGACCAGAGUGGGAGCAGGGACACUUGUAGGGAGGCUGUGUAAGAGUCCACAGGCAAGGUGAGGGCAUCUUAGGUCCCAGAAACAGCAUGCAGGUGGUGAGAGUCAAGGGAUCCUGGCUGUAUUCUACCGGUACCGCCAUCAUGAUGGCCUGACCAACUGGAUGUGGAUCUAAGAGACAGAGAAGUUACAGAUGACUCCAGGGUUUCUGACCUGAACGAUGUCACUAGCUAAGGUGGGGAGGGUUGAGGAAGGGUGUGGUACAAAUGGGGGACGGGGGUGCGGGAUUAGGGAAGCUCAGAUUUGAACAGUUGGGUUUCUGACGCCCAUCACACAUCCUACGGAGAUUUCGGUGGGCUGCCCCGGGGAGGCGGUGGGCGCUUCUUUACUGGAAAUUUUGCCUGAGUGAAACUUGGCUGUAUUUACCUUGUUGAGUGUUUCUGUUAACAUCUGAAACUCUGGGGAGAAUUAGGAUUCUUUAACCUUGUAGACCUAAAAGACACAGAGGCAGUUAAUUUCACUUAACACGAAUUUAUUAGAAACAGCUCCUUUAGAAAUCAGCGCUCUCUGAUCUGUAAUAAACCUUGUAAUUAACUUUGCCUGCUUGCUGGUUAUCUGUAAUAAACCUUGUAAUUAACUUUGCCUGCUUACUGGUUAUACCUGUGGGCAGCUGGACGGGGGAGUUGUGUUCAAAGGCCUGGGCAAAUACAGACGUUAUGACCAGAAGCCUGCUGUGGCAGCAGCGUUGAGGGAACCCAGCUCCCCCGGGCCCUGCCUAUUGCUUUCUUCCCGCAUGGUGGCCAGGUGGCUGCAGGUGGCCAGACACAGGUGCACCAGCCACCGCAGCGGGGUCAGAAGAUGAGCAGGUCUCAGAGGUGACCCCGAUUUCCUGGAAUCACCGUCAGGCCCCUGGCCAUCCCCAUUUCCCACGUGCCCCUUAGCUCUCAAGGGCAUCUUUGCCCUUUGAAAUAAAGCAACGCCGGGCUUGUUGCUGCAGGGGACAGUAUUAAAAUGUGACAUUGAAGUGGGGAGCCUGCACGGGCGUCCGCGGGGUCGCGCGGAGCAGCAGGCGACGCGGGACGAGGCACUGCUCCUGGGGCGGGAGGAAGUGGGAGGCUGCACCGCCGCUCAGGCUGGGCUCGGCUCCCGCGGCGCGGACGGGGUUAACGCGUUCGUGCACCGGGUGGCGGGCGGCAGUGGUGCAUUGUGGUAACGCGGCGCCGGGACCCACGAGUGCCCGCCGCCUCCGCCGGGCGGCCCACCGAGCUGUGCACGCGUCCGUGCAAGCCCCCGGGACCCGGCGCCAUGUAGCGCCCCGCCGAUCGGAGGCUGCCCCGCCGCGGGAAUGAAGGGACGCGGCUGCUGGGACACGGCCUCCCUGCGCUCCUUCUGCAGCUCCGGCUGCCUGAGUAAAUUUAAGAAGGAUGACUCUGGGGAUGACGACGAGGCUACCACUCCAGCUGACAAGAACGAGCUGCACCACACCCUGAAGAAUCUUUCCCUGAAGUUAGAUGACCUCAGCACGUGCAAUGACCUCAUCGCCAAGCACGGCGCCGCGCUCCAGCGCUCCCUGACAGAGCUGGACGGCCUCAAGAUCCCAUCCGAGAGUGGGGAGAAGCUGAAGGUGGUGAACGAGCGGGCCACCCUCUUCCGUAUCACAUCCAAUGCUAUGAUCAACGCCUGCAGGGACUUCCUGGAACUAGCAGAGAUACACAGCCGGAAAUGGCAGCGGGCACUGCAAUAUGAGCAGGAGCAGCGCGUGCACUUGGAGGAAACCAUUGAGCAGCUGGCCAAGCAGCACAACAGCCUCGAGCGGGCCUUCCGCAGCGCCCCCGGCCGGGCGGCCAACCCCUCUAAGAGCUUCAUUGAGGGAAGCCUCUUGACUCCCAAAGGAGAGGACAGUGAGGAAGAUGAAGAUACCGAGUACUUUGAUGCCAUGGAAGACUCCACAUCCUUCAUCACCGUGAUCACUGAGGCCAAGGAAGACAGAAAAGCUGAAGGUAGCACGGGGACAAGUUCUGUGGACUGGAGCUCAGCAGACAAUGUACUAGAUGGUGCCUCGCUCGUGCCCAAGGGUUCGUCCAAAGUCAAGAGGCGAGUCCGCAUCCCCAACAAGCCCAACUACAGCCUUAACCUCUGGAGCAUCAUGAAGAACUGCAUCGGUCGGGAGCUCUCCAGGAUCCCCAUGCCGGUGAACUUCAACGAGCCCCUGUCCAUGCUCCAGCGGCUGACAGAGGACCUGGAGUACCACCACCUGCUGGACAAGGCGGUGCACUGCACCAGCUCGGUGGAGCAGAUGUGCCUGGUGGCUGCCUUCUCUGUGUCCUCCUACUCCACCACGGUGCACCGCAUCGCCAAGCCCUUCAACCCCAUGCUGGGGGAGACCUUUGAGCUGGACCGCCUCGAUGACAUGGGCCUGCGCUCCCUCUGUGAGCAGGUGAGCCACCACCCCCCCUCAGCUGCGCACUACGUGUUCUCCAAGCAUGGCUGGAGCCUCUGGCAGGAGAUCACCAUCUCCAGCAAGUUCCGGGGAAAAUACAUCUCCAUCAUGCCGCUAGGUGCCAUCCACUUAGAAUUCCAGGCCAGUGGGAACCACUACGUGUGGAGGAAGAGCACCUCAACUGUGCACAACAUCAUUGUGGGCAAGCUCUGGAUCGACCAGUCAGGGGACAUCGAGAUUGUGAACCAUAAGACCAAUGACCGGUGCCAGCUGAAGUUCCUGCCCUACAGCUACUUCUCCAAAGAGGCAGCCCGGAAGGUGACAGGAGUGGUGAGUGACAGCCAGGGCAAGGCCCACUAUGUGCUGUCCGGCUCGUGGGAUGAACAAAUGGAGUGUUCCAAGGUUGUGCAUAGCAGUCCCAGCAGCCCCAGCUCUGACGGGAAGCAGAAGACAGUGUACCAGACCCUAUCAGCCAAGCUGCUGUGGAAGAAGUACCCGCUGCCGGAGAACGCGGAGAACAUGUACUACUUCUCAGAGCUGGCCCUGACCCUUAAUGAGCACGAGGAGGGCGUAGCGCCCACCGACAGCCGCCUGCGGCCCGACCAGCGGCUGAUGGAGAAGGGCUGCUGGGACGAGGCCAAUACCGAGAAGCAGCGGCUGGAAGAGAAGCAGCGCCUGUCGCGGCGCCGGCGGCUGGAGGCCUGCGGGCCCGGCAGCAGCUGCAGCUCGGAGGAAGCAGAGAAGGAGGCGGAUGCCUACACGCCACUGUGGUUUGAGAAGAGGCUGGACCCGCUGACCGGGGAGAUGGCCUGUGUGUACAAGGGCGGCUACUGGGAGGCCAAGGAGAAGCAAGACUGGCACAUGUGCCCCAACAUCUUCUGAGUGCCACCCUUGCAGCAAAUACAGGCGCCUGCACAGCCCGGCCCACCUGUUCAUUAAUGCACUCAAUUUAGUACUGAAUGGUCUUUCUCCCAGCCCAUUCCCAGCCCUUCCUGUUUCCUUUCCUACUUUUUUUUUUUCCCACACUUUCUUGGGACUCCCACCUUGGAAGGAGGAAGGGCUGACCUGGGUUCUCUUCAGCCCCCAGGUGCGCCGGGUCACCCAUGCCCCUUCAUUAUGGACCUGGGCCCUACUGGAACCCCUGCCCCAGUUACCACAACUCAGGCCGGCUGGCCCGGGCCACGGGCUGCGCAAAUCACCAGCCCCCAACCCAGGGAGGAACUGGCCCCUCCUAGGGAGCCUCUUCGACUUUUUUAGAAAAAUGAUCUCCAUUUCUUUCCAGCCAUGAUGUUUAGUAAAUAUUUUUAGUACCGCAGUUAGCAGACAGCUUUCCAAGUGUGCUUUCUUGCCACAAAAGUGUCCUGGCAAGAGCCCCUUAUUUUUAAGACAUCAGGAAGCCAGACCCCUUUUGAGUUGGGAUAAUUUUGUAGCUCAACAUAUCAAGUCCUCGAUGGUAUCUGAGCUGCCCACACCCCCACCUGCCAGGGCCCCACAGAACCCAAAACAGAAGGGGGCUGCCCCAGCCCAGCAGAGCACAGAGAGUUUCUCGAGCUCCCACCCACAGAUGCGGGAGGGGGUACUGAUGGCAUCCCCCAUAUGGAUUUGAGGGCAGCAGUCCCUGGCCUCGCCCUAGCCAGCCCAGGUGGCUCCCUAGCCCCAAGAGGCCAGGAAGGGCUGGAAGGCAGGGCCUGCAGGUGCUCCCCGCCCUGAGACCCAGGCCCCAAAUCAGCAAUAAUGAACAAACCCUUGGCCCAGCCUGGGCUGGUGACCCAGGCACCAGAGACCUUGCAUCCCUCCUCAUCCUAGGAGGCCCCUAGGGGUGCCCCAUCUCAGUGCCCCCUGAACUCUUUAUUUGCCUAAUUUAUAUAUAGAGAGAUAUAUAAAUAUAUAUAAAAUAGCUAUUUUGCUUAAAUUUCUACAGUAUGUAAAAGUGAAAAAAUGAUGAAGACGGGCGCACCUGUCUGAGUUUGGCCCUCAUGUCAGCUGUGCCCUUCCCUCUCCUCAUGCCCCCUUCCAGCGGCUUCUGCCAACCAUGGGGGGCUGGACCACCAUGGUCACUGACCCAGCCCCUCAAAAUCUCACACUCCAAUCCUUUCCAUUUCAGUUUAGUCCUAAAAGUUCAUCACAGGGUUUUUCUUUCUACUCCAGGACUGGUUUUGUUUUUAUAUAUACAUAAAAAAAAAAAGUGAAAACACCAAUGUGUGAAAUGCCUUACGAUGCCCACUGGAGAGGUGGGGUGGGGUAGGGCAGGAUGGCCCCACUGGGGCUCCCACAGAGCUGUGGAAUGUACCUCUCCCCAACACUGUUUUGUUAGCAAGCACCUUUUGACCAGUAAUAAAAAACCUUGGCUUUGGAGUUUUCCA